AUGAAGCUCUCCCGAGGCCCGUCUAACACAGGAGCUGGCAAACUGGCCCAGUUCACCAGCCUGCUCCAGCAAAUCCGGAGCGAGUCGUCGCACACGGGCAAGACCGAGGUGAUCGAGAGGUUUCUGGCCAGCUACCAAGGCUCUGUCUACCUGCUCUUCAAGCUGCUGUUGACCAAGGAGGAUAAGAGAGUGUACAAUAUUCGCGAUAAGCAGCUGGCAAAGCUCAUGGCUCAACUGCUCGACAUGCCUGUCGACUCGGUCCGGGGCCAUCUCGCAAAGUCAGGCAGCAUGGCAGAGACCGCCGCUUACUUCUUCUCAAAGGCAUCAUACCUCCGCCCGCAGGCCGUCUCUACCCUGAGCCUCGCCGAAGUCGACGCUUUUUUGGACAAGUUUACAGAGGCGACAACAGAGGCCGAUCAGACCGCUCUGCUGGCCAAGGUCCUCGCUCGGGCGACGGCCGAGGAUCUGGAGACCUUUCUGCUUCUGCUCAACCACGAUGUGCGGGCACGAAUUGGAACGCAUGCCGCACUCAAGGCGCUCGGCGUUGAGGCUGUCUCGGCCUACCGCCACUCGGCCGAUCUCAAGUUGCUCAUCGACCGCAUGCGCGGGCGGACGCCGUCGUCGCUGGCCGCGGCCGAGUCGGGCGGCCCGCCGCCGUCGUCGGCCUCGAACUUUACCCUCAUGAAGCCGAUCAAGCCGAUGCUGGCCCGGGCGUGCAAAUCGGUUGAUGAGGCCUUUCGCCGUGUCCCGCAAGGCAUGUACGCCGAGAUCAAGUACGACGGCGAGCGGAUCCAGAUCCACAAGAACGGCUCGUCUUUUGCGUACUACUCGCGCAACCUCAAGCCUGUUCUCUCGUGGAAGACCGCACCGAUUGAGCAGUUUGUGCUCAACGCCACGUCUGCAUCGACCAUUGUGCUGGACGGCGAGAUCCUGCUGGUCGACACCGCAUCGGGCGCGCCGCUCCCGUUUGCCAUGUUCUCCAAGCACAAGAACGCCAACUUUGCGUCCGCCACCGUGUGCCUCUUCAUUUUUGACAUCCUCUACCUCGACGGAGUGCCGCUUCUGGACAAGCCGAUCUCCGAGCGCCGUGCCCUGCUCAAGCAGCACCUCACAGUUGUGCCAAACCGGAUCCAGCUCUCGGAGCUAACCGAGAUCCACCAAGAGGCCGACUUGACCUCGCUCAUGAAUCGGGUCAUCCGGCAAGGCCUCGAGGGACUUGUGCUCAAGGCCAUCGACUCGGUCUACACGCCAGCGGCACGCCACUGGCUCAAGAUCAAGAAGGACUACCUCAAGGGCAUGGCCGACACGGCCGACUUGGUCGUCCUUGGUGCGUACUACGGCAAGGGCUCGAACGGUGGCCUACUCACCACCUUUCUCAUGGGCUCGUUCGAUCCGGCCACGGCGCUGUGGAAGACCGUGUGUAAGGUCGGCUCGUUUGACGAUGCCGGCGUCGCCGAGCUGCAAACCCGGUUCCUGCCGCUCAUGGACCCGCUAGCUGGUCCCAAUGCGCGCGCCAUCCCGCCGUGGCUCGACGUCCACUCGGUCUACGCUCCGGACUUUGUGGUCCGCGACCCGAUGGCCAUGCCGGUGUGGGAGGUCGAGGGCGCCGAGUUCUCCAUCUCCUCGCAUCACACCGCCAAUGGCAUCUCCAUCCGAUUCCCGCGUUUUGUCCGCGAGCGGACCGACAAGUCGGUGGCCGACCACACCUCACUCCCGCAGCUGGUUGCCCUUCGCGACGCCUCAGUCUCGGGCAACGUUCUCGCGCUCCGCGACCGCGACUCGGGCUCGGCGUCGCGCUCAGCAUCAGCGUCGGCGUCGGCGACGUCGCGCAAGCGGGGUGCCCAGGCCGCGAUCACCCAGUUUGCCAACCCGGCCAAGAAGGCACGUGGUCUCUUGAGCUCGCCGAGCGGAGGCGUUGCGCCGCCGUCGUCGCCGCCGCCGCAGUGGACGGUGCCUGUGGCAUCGCCCGCCGCAGCCCGUCCGAGCGCCGUCAACUAUGUGACCGCGACGCUGGCCAACGUGUUGGCGUCGGACUGGGCGGGUGGACUGGCGGCAAGCGGCAAGCCUCUCUAUGUGGUGGCUAUGGUGGUGGAUGCGGCCGAGGCCUGGUCUGCGCCUGGAUCGCAAGGUCCGGCGGUCGAGGCCGCGGCGCCCGGAGCCAAGUCGCGGUUCGCCGCGGCAGGUCAAGCGGCAGCUUCGCUUGGGGCCAUCACGUUCCUAGAAGUCGCGCCGUUGGUGACCGUGGUGACGGUUGGCUGCCUCGACAGCUCUGCUGCGGUGAACACGGCGGCGGUGGCGAUGCCGGGCUUUGUGACCUCGAUCUACACGUCAGCGCUGGCCAAGGUUGCGGCGCGGGCGUACACCAACGGCGGCGCAGUUGUGGUACCCGAGGUCCGUGGCGGAGUGGUGCCGUAUCUGGAUCGGGCGGCGCUGUACAAGGCGCUGCAAGACACGACAGUGGCGCGGCGAGUGGUGACCAUUGUGGCUGGCGCGGCGGGUCAGUCGACUCCGGCUCCGGCUCCGGCUGUGGGGCCACCACAAGUGGCGCCGACUGGCCCGGUGCCGAUGGUGGAAGAGACGCGGGCGCCGCCGCCGCCAGUGGCGCCGGCAAAGCGGGUGACCAAGCCGCUGGUCCACAAGCGGGUGGUGCUUUCGGUGAAGGACGCCGAAAAGCGACGCAAGGUGGUGGCGGCGGUACGGGCGAUGGGCGCCGAGGUACAGGAAGCGUGGCGGCCAUCGGGCAUCAACGCGUCGCACUUUAUGAUUGCGCUCAACGAGUCGCGGUCAGCCACUGAGGUCCGCGAGCUAGGUGCGCCGGUGGUCGGCAUGUCGCUCCUGGAGCACCUGAUGGCUGGGCACAAGCUGCCGAGCCGGCUGGAGCUGAUCUCGCGAUGGACAGUGUCGAAUGCCGACGCCGAGACUGCGGCAGUGGAGGCGCGGCCGAUGGCAGUGGCGCAGCCGGUGAAGGCACAGCCAGUGGAGGCGGAGCAAGUGGAGGCACCGGCUGCGGCCAAGCCGGCCAGUGCUGUCUUUGCGGGUGUCACUGUUCUCCUCUACAACGUGCCGGCUGCCGAGUACUCGGAAGUGUACCGGUAUCUUGUGGCCCACGAGGCCGAGGUGCUCAACGCCGAGCCAGACGCGCUAGAUGCGGUCGGCGAUGUGGCGAGCGCGUCGGUGCCGGGCUCCGGGCUGGACACGAUUGUGGUUGGCGACGGCUCCGGCUGGGACGCGGUGCUGGCGGCGAUCGGCGGCGCGCAUCCGCAGGUGCGAGUCAAGACCGUCGGGUGGGUAUGGGCGUCGAUCAAGGCCGGUGCAGUGGUCGAGGGCCACGAGCUGGUGCGGUGA